GUGAUUGGCUCAGAGAAGGGAGGAGAACGCAGGCUGGGUGAAGGAGAGUGGAAGGACAGUGCCGUUCCCAGCGUCCCUUCAGCCAUGACUCUACCUCUGAGGGUCUUGAGUCGGGGUUUGGCCAGUGCAGCCAAAGGAGACCAUGGAGGGGCAGGAGCCAGCACCUGGCGCCUCCUGACCUUCGUGCUGGCGCUUCCCAGUGUGGCCCUCUGUUCCCUCAACUGCUGGAUGCAUGCAGGCCAUCAUGAGCGCCCAGAAUUCAUCCCAUAUCACCAUCUCCGCAUCCGCACCAAGCCCUUCUCCUGGGGGGAUGGCAACCACACGCUCUUCCACAAUCCCCGCGUCAAUCCUUUGCCCACGGGCUAUGAGCACCCUUGAGGUUCCAGUGGACAUGUUCUUCCACAGUCUCCAGGUCAACCCUUUGCCCACAGGCUGUGAGCGCCCCUGGGGUCCCAGCAGAAGCUUCAAGUGCAAUAAAGGUGUGGAACUUUU